UUUAGUGAAUGAAAAUAAAUGUCACUUGUCACUUGUCUCGAUUAUUAUUUUUUGUUAAAGUUGUUCGUUAUAGUAUUGUAAUAUCUAUCAAAUUAAUAUGAAUUAAUUGAGUAACUUUAUAUAGAUUAUAACAUGAUGCAGUUCAUGUUACUAUUCAGCCGUCAAGGCAAAUUAAGGUUACAGAAGUGGUAUGUGGCUCAUCCUGAUAAACUCAAGAAAAAAAUAACUAGAGAAUUAAUCACCACGAUCUUGGCGAGGAAACCCAAAAUGUGUAGUUUCUUAGAGUGGAGAGAUUUGAAAGUUGUAUAUAAGAGAUAUGCCAGCUUAUACUUCUGUUGUGCGAUUGAACAAAGCGACAAUGAACUGCUAACUUUGGAGAUCAUUCACCGUUACGUGGAACUUCUCGACAAGUAUUUUGGCAGUGUAUGUGAACUGGAUAUCAUUUUCAAUUUCGAGAAAGCAUACUUCAUCCUGGACGAACUUUUGUUGGGUGGGGAGGUCCAGGAGACCAGCAAGAAAAAUGUUCUCAAAGCCAUUGCUGCUCAGGAUCUUUUACAAGAG